AAUCAAGAGUGAUUUAGAACGAGUCCAGUAUAAAGAACACCGCAGAGUUUGUCACAUAAAUGCAGAGCAGAAACGUCGCUCAAAUUUGAAAAAUAACUUUGAUAUUAUGCACCAGCUUAUUCCUUCCAUUAAUCAAAAUGCUAAUGCCAAGAUCAGUAAAGCAGUAAUGUUGCAGAAAGGAGCAGAAUAUAUCCAUCAGUUGAAAUCCGAGAGACAGCAGUUAACAGAACAAGCAGAGAAACUUCGAGCUCAGAUAGAUGUUCUGUGUUGUGAAAUUAGCAAUGCUCAAGCUUUGCUACCAGCCACCGGAGCUCCCAUGACACAUGCUCGUUACAGCAAGCUCAAGGAGAUGUUUAAUAACUACGUUCGUGAACGCACAUUAGCUAACUGGAAAUUUUGGAUAUUUUCUCUGAUCACAGAACCUUUGCUAGAGUCUUACAACAGCAGUGUCAGCACCAGCUGCUUAGAUGACCUUUGCCGUUCCUCCCUUGCUUGGCUCGAUCAACAGUGUUCUCUUAACGUCCUUCGACCAUUGGUAUCCAGCUCAAUGCGCAAACUAAGUACUUCCACAAAUGUUUUAUCUGACCCUGAUAAUCUGCCAGAGGAAGUAUAUCGUCGGGUGACCAAGCAAGAGGGAGACAGAUUCCAUCAUCGGUGAUCUUGGGCCUAGAUUUCUUUCUGAAAAUUACAUGCCAAAUCUUGAAGAACACAGAUGGCCUAUGUUGUUGGAACCUGGUGGUGAGGAGGAAGGCCUAGCUUGUGAAAUCUUAAGUCAUAAUAAUGUUUGGGAUAAAAGAAAUCUUUAAGCAGUCUUAAAAAAAUUUACCAAAUAUGAGUAAGCUGCAGAGGUUGUCAUUGUUAUUUGUGACCUAGAUUUUUAACUAGAAACCACAUGCUGUACUGUAUCAAAAAUAAAGCUGAUAUUUGCUUUGGUCGUCCACUUUACAAAAGUCUGUCAGGCAUUUGUUCUUCCAAAAGAGACAUAUAUAUUUUUCCUAUAUUACUACUGUAUAUUUGAAAUUUGUUACACUUAUUUUUGAAAAUAAAAAUUCUUGAAAGUCAAUUUUUACAAUUCAAAAAAAAAAAUUGGCAGCUUUCCUUUUAAGUUUUACAGAAAUUUUAUUUAUUUUAUAUUCAGGAUUCAUACUAAAACUUGAGUUAAACUUUAAAUACUGAAACUUUAGUUUUAUCUAUAUCAGUAAUGCUGUCUCCUGUGUUGAGGGUAAUUUUAGUAUUUAUUAUAUAUGUACUUCAUAAAACCUAGUUGCCAUGCAGAUUAAUUGUUCAUGCAUAUCUCAUCAAGUUAUAUUUGAUGUUAUCUCUUAUUUUGAACUCCCGCUAUAUUCUAUUCUACUUAUUACUAUAAUGUGUUAUGUAUUUAGUGUGACGGAGAGUCAACAGGUAACAGAAAAGACACGCAUAUAACAAAACAAAACCUUUUAUUCUCAUGACUGUUGAUGGCAAGACAUCAUAAUAAUAAAAGGCCUUCAUUUGCUAUGCAUCUUUUUCCACAGUCAUUUUUUUAUUUUCAUAUCAGAAAAUGAUACACCAAUCAUUAUCAUUUUUCAGUUUUGUUGCUUCUCUAAAGAAUUUUUUAAAUUGUGUGAUUGACUAAUUCAAUACUGAUUUAUUUCUUUGCCAGUUCUGAAAAAGGCUGUUUCAAGUCACACAUUUUAUACCAUGUUCAGUGAAACUGCCAUACAGAUAUCCAGUGUAGUAUAUAACAUAUACAUAUUCAUGCUCACUUAUAUUCAGAUAUAGGGAUUUUUUGAAGAAAAGAUUCCAUAAAAAGUCCAAGUUACAAGUAAAACCUACUGUUGGGAAAAGAAUUUUCAUUAAUUCUUGAAGUAAACACUGUGGAAUUUUAAUGAAUAAUAUUUACUUUCAUUAAUUUUAGCAAUGAAUUAUGUAAGGUGUUUAUUCAGUAAUUAAGUAAAAAUUAGAUCAAAUGUGCAAUAAUAAAAAAAUUAUUGAUGUGGUUGUCAUAAAAACCUUGCAGAGAAACACAAAUUUCUUUAGCAACCACAUUUAUUUCAUCCUGAAAUUCCCAGUAGUGACAUCUGUAUAUUUGUAACUUUGAAUGCCAACAAUUUUCACUAAUUUGUUUGUGGUACAUAUGAAGUUUUUAAGGAAUAAUAUAUUUUAUGAUAUAAUCAACACAAUGCCCCCAUGCUCUUUGUUGACUAUAACACCACAGCAUGUACUAGAAACCAACAUGUUUUGACUGUCUCAAUAUGUAUAUGGUUUUUGGGCAUACCAGUAAUGAAAAAGUACUCUGCAAAAAAGAAAAAAGUAUAAUAGUACUUUCAUAUUACUAUGUAUGUAGCAUUACAUAAGCUCAGUUUUAUUCAUUGCUGACUGCAGCUCAAAGUCUUGUAUUUUUGUGCAUUCUCAUGGACAAAGAGGCAGGCAGAUCCACACAAAAGAGAUACCUUAAUCACAAAUGAGUAAUUGUACAGUAUAUGCUACAGCCAGUGGAAAAUAAAUAAUUACACAACAAGCUAAAUACUAAAAAUAGGAUUCUGUGACACUUACGGGUCCAGUGUUAAGUACUGAACCCGUGUCUUAACAGUGCUGCAGGAAUGGAUGUGCAAAAGUAGGAAUGAGCGAGGGAUAGGAUGUGUGAAGGUAGAGGUUAGUAGGGGGUGGGGAGUUAAUGCAAGACAAAAUUAUCUGUAAGGAUGUAACGGAAAAUUAUGGUUUAGAACUGGUUUUCGAUUAUAAAAAUAAUUAUAUACAGUAAAUACAAACAGGUACUUGAAUCACACAACUCAUACACAUGAUAUGAUUUAAAUGACCCAAAAAGAGAUGGUGUUCUUAAAUGUAAAGUAAAUGUCACUAUUAGAAAUUGGUGAAAGUUGCAGCAGGCCUCAUGAAGAUUAUAAAUGUGCGAUAAAAUACUGACAAAAUUGUAUAAAUAAAAGAAGAGGAAACUGGACCACUUCUUGGAAUAAGUGCCAGAUCAGCCAAGUUAUGAUGGUCGUGGGAUGGCAGACUGUUCGCUGGAACAGCCUGCUUGAUCAGGCAGUCAACAAGGAAGUUUGGCUUUAGGCUCUGUUGCAAAUUUAUCACAAUAAAAACUAUAUAUAUGAAGUCACGAGAGACUUAUACUCUUCUUGCAAGCUUGAAAAUAAUUUUCAAAUAUUUUGAUGACAAAGUUCAAAAAAAGUUAGAUCAUAGACUUUCUUUCUUUCUUUCAACACAUCGGCCGUAUCCCACCAAGGCGGGGUGGCCCAAAAAGAAAAACGCAAGUUUCUCUUUUAAAUUUAGUAAUUUAUACGGGAGAAGGGGUUACUAGCCCAUUGCUCCCGGCAUUUUAGUCGCCUCUUACAACACGCAUGGCUUACGGAGGAAGAAUUCUGUUCCACUUCCCCAUGGAGAUAAGAGGAAAUAAACAAGAACAAGAACUAGAAAGAAAAUAGAAGAAUACCCAGAGGGGUGUGUAUGUAUAUGCUUGUACAUGUAUGUUUAGUGUGACCUAAGUGUAAGUACAAGUAGCAAGACAUACCUGAAAUCUUGCAUGUUUAUGAGACAGACAAAAGACACCAGCAAUCCUACCAUCAUGUAAAACAAUUGCAGGUUUUCGUUGUACACUCACUUGGCAGGACGGUAGUACCUCAGUGGGCAGUUGCUGUUUACCAACCUACUACCUAGGUAGAUCAUAAACACUAGAAAAAAUUAGAUUAUGAUGCUGUAGUGCAGUGUCCAUUCUCUACUUAAAUAUUUAGAUGUAACAAGCUUAGAGAUCUGCAAUAAAAUGGAUCCCAGAGUUAAGAUCGUUGAAUUAUUGAGAAAUAUUAAAGACAAAUUCAUUGCUUUGUAGUAUUAAUAGCAAAAACUAUUUUUUUUUUUUUUUUUUUUUUUUUUUUUUUUUUUUUUUUUUUUUUUUUUUCAACAAGUCGGCCGUCUCCCACCGAGGCAGGGUGACCCAAAAAAAAGAAAGAAAAUCCCCAAAAAGAAAAUACUUUCAUCAUCAUUCAACACUUUCACCACACUCACACAUUAUCACUGCUUUUGCAGAGGUGCUCAGAAUACAACAGUUUAGAAGCAUAUACAUAUAGAGAUACACAACAUAUCCCUCCAAACUGCCAAUAUCCCAAACCCCUCCUUUAAAGUGCAGGCAUUGUACUUCCCAUUUCCAGGACUCAAGUCCGACUAUAUGAAAAUAACCGGUUUCCCUGAAUCCCUUCACUAAAUAUUACCCUGCUCACACUCCAACGAGAUCGUCAGGUCCCAAGUAUCAUUCGUCUCCAUUCACUCCUAUCUAACACGCUUAUGCACGCUUGCUGGAAGUCCAAGCCCCUCACCCACAAAACCUCCUUUACCCCCUCUUUCCAACCUUUCGAGGACGACCCCUACCCCUCUUUCCUUCCCCUAUAGAUUUAUAUGCUUUCCAUGUCAUUCUACUUUGAUCCAUUCUCUCUAAAUGACCAAACCACCUCAACAACCCCUCUUCUGCCCUCUGACUAAU